AUGGACAAACCAAAUGAUUCUGUUAUGCUUAGAAAAAUGGUGCAUGAAUGUGAGACAUCCAUACAAUUCCCUGUAGUAGAUAUUUCUCAACCAAUGAACCCUACUUCUUUAUCCUCUCUAGCUGAAGCCUGCAAAGAAUGGGGCUUCUUCCACAUCAUCAAUCAUGGAAUCUCGAGAGAUCUUUACGACAAAAUUCAUUCUCUCUCUCAACACCUCUUCAGCAUCAGUUCCGAAACCAAGCUUAAACUCGGUCCUUUCUCCUCGAUUAAAACUUACACUCCUCAUUUCAUUGCCUCUCCUUUUUUCGAGAGCCUUAGAGUGUCUGGACCGGACUUCUUUGCAUCCGCUCAGACUUCUGCAGAUGUUCUCUUUGAGCAAAACAAUUCUGAAUUCAGUGAAUCAUUGGAAGAAUAUGGGAACAAAAUGACAGAGCUAUCAAAGAGAAUUGUGAAGUUUCUAUUGAUGAGCUUGGGUGAUGGUUUUGAGAAGAAAUACCAUGAUUCUCAAUUUGAAAGUUGCCAUGGUUAUUUAAGGAUAAUUAACUACUCACCUCCAAAGAGUUUGGAAGAAGAAGUUGAGGGUCUCGGGAUGCAUACCGAUAUGAGCUGUGUAACAAUUGUGUAUCCAGAUGAAAUAGGCGGUCUCCAAGUGAGAUCGAAUGACGGGAAGUGGAUGGACAUUGCCCUAUGUGAAGGGGGGCUGGUGGUGAAUAUAGGUGAUAUGCUGCAAGCUUGGAGCAAUGAAAAACUAAGGUCUUCCGAACAUCGAGUUGUUUUGAAGCAACUGGUAAACCGUUUUUCUCUAGCUUUCUUUUGGUGCUUUGAGGAUGAGAAAGUGAUUAUGGCACCCGAGGACGUGGUUGGAGAAGGAAAAAUGAGACUUUAUAAGCCGUUUGCUUGCUCGGAUUAUUUGAAAUUCAGAAUGAGCAAUGAGAAAGGCAAGUUUGAGAAGGUUAAGUUUACAGUUAAAGAUUUCGCUGGGAUUGAGCCUCAAAUUUAA